AUGAAUGUACAACACAAACUGUGUGAAGCCAUGAAGGAAAAGGAGGGGCCGAAGUGUGGGACAGAAAAGACAUUGCAGUAUGCGGGGAAGGCUUUGGUUUGCUCAGAGUGCCAGGUGCAGGGACGAACCUCUGAUGGGCUUCGUGCCCAAGAGGUGGGCAGCCUCCUCACCCAGCAGAUGUCCAGAGCUGGCUUCGCUGCUGAGCUCCCUGUGUUUUUCGCUUUAAAGAAAGGUUGCCAGCACUUUAACUUCACCAACCUUCCCGUUACCCACAUCUAUAAUUGGUACACUUCAAAUUUUAGAACUAUGCACAUCCUCUGA